GCGAGUCUCUUUAAGUUAUUUAACUAUUUAAUGACUCUUGGAGUUCUUAUACUUCCUGGGAGUUAUUCUUUAAGUGGUUGGUUCAUCGGUUCAGUGAUUAUCAUAUGGUUGGGAUUCAUUUCGUGGUUAAGCGCUUCAUUUCUGAUAGAGGCUCAAGCGUGCGCAAACAGAUUAGAAGAUUACCGAAAAGGGAUCCUGGAUGCUGAUUACUCACUCACUAGAGAUUACAAUUUGAGCGAGCUGAUAAUGAUUAUGCUUGGCAAAACGGAUCAAGUGAUGUAUACAACGAUCGUCAUCGCGGAACUCUAUUUCGAAGCGUUCAUUGUGACCAUUGUUGUCGGAAGGUCCGUGGCGCACACGAUAUGCUCCGGAGGAGAAGUUGAAUACGUUUCGAACGAUCAGACAUGUAGUGAUGGAAUACCAUUUCAGAAGAUUAACAUUUAUAGAAUUUCGACAUUGGUCUUCGUAUUGGUGGGUGUUGUUCUGAGCGCGUUUUCAUCAAAAAAAGCAACGCCACUGCAUCUGAUCAUUUCUAUAUACCGAAGCUCCAUGGUACUGGCCAUUAUUAUUUCUGCCGCUUACAAAAUUGGUAGGAACAAGACUCAGACGCCAGUAGCAAUGGCUGGAGCUCAUCAGUUGCCCAAGCUCCUAGGAUCAACGAUUUUAUCGUUCAUGUGUCAUCACUCUAUCCUACGGAUUCUAUAUCCUGUACAUAAAAAGAACAGGUUGCAGUCCUAUAUUGUGAAAAUCUUCAGUAGCGUCAUUUGUUUGUACGUUAUCAUAUCGUUUACGGCAAUUUUAGCAUUCGAACCUGUCCAGGAGGUGUACAGUAUUAAUUUUGCCGUUCAAUCAGAUGAUUUUGUGAUAAAGAAGGUAUUUGACUACUUGAUAGCUGUUUAUCCAGCUGUUGCAGGACUGAUAGUCUUUAUCGAAAUAUCCAGGUCCUUACAGGAACAUUUACAAGUUCUCUGCCUAAGUUUUAAUGAUUUCGAAACUUAUAAUUUUUGUAUUAGGAAAUUGUAUUUUCCGUUCUUUGUCAUUUUGUCAGUUGUUGUGCCUUUAUGUACCAAUAAGAUUAAAGUUUUUGUGCCGAUAGCUGGUACAUUCGGGGGUAACAUUACGCAGAACAUUAUACCGUUACUCUUGGUUCAUACGGGUAGAAAAACCUGCCAAAAAACAUUGCAACCUUCGGUAAAUUAUUAUUCAAGUCCGCUCAAGAAAUGGUAUUGGCCACUUGCUGUUUUCAUUUGGGUGGCUAUCAGCUUGUUCGCUACCACUAUUACACUCAUCCCCUAUCUUAUGAAGCUAUGA